UUCUCGUGUGAAUAUCGUGGAGUAGAUUUAAUCGAUUCUUCUUUAGAUACUAAUCCUUUAUGUGCCCAUGGUCCAACAUUGUUAUUUGAACGAUUUUUUAAAGACAAGCCAUCACAAAAGUAUUACGCAUGUUCAGCAUGUAGAGAUCGGAAAGAAUGCCCAUUUUUUCAAUUGUAUGGCGAGAAAUUAACAAAUGCUAAAAAGUUUAUGCAAGAGGAGACAAAAAAAAAAUUGCUCAAAAGGAAAAUCAUAAAGAAGUUAUGUGAAGGUGAUGUUUGGUGUUUCUCCUGUGACGCAGGCUUUCAAUAUGUGCUUUUACGCCAACAUAAAGAUCAUCAAACAAUGGUACUAAGUGCAAACCAUCUUAUGUCACCAACAACCUUUAUUUAUCCAAAAGAAGAAAAAAAAUCCCACGCACAAUACUUCUUUAGUGAAGAAACAUGCAGUGUUUUCUUGAAAACAAUCAAGAGAAUGAGCUUUAAGAAUGUUCUUUGUGUAGGAGCGCCAAGAAAAACUAAAAAAAAAAGGUGCCAGUGGGAGGAAUUGAACCAUGGAACUUUGCUUCAGAAACCAUGCGAGAUAACUUUUUUGGCCACAUAUGUGUUAUUACAUGAGGUUUUGCUCAGUCAAAAAGUCAACUCUUUAUUGUUAGAUAUCGAUAAAAGAUUUAGUUAUUUUUAUGACACUAAUUCAUUUCUGCAUUAUAACAUGUUCAAUGGUUUCUUCUUUAAUAAUGAUAUUGGUAACAAAAAGUUAGAGACUUUUCUCUCUCAAUCAUUAGAAGAUACUUUGAUUGUAAUUGAUCCUCCAUUUGGUGCUCUAGUUAGUUUAUUAAUCAAAAUACUGCAGAGGUUAUGGAAUGUAUGCAACAAAGAACUGCCUACCAUGAUUAUAUUUCCUUAUUUUCUUGAAAAUCAAAUUCUUGAGAAAAUUCCUUCAUUGAUAAUGAUGGAUUAUAAGGUUUGUUAUAGUAACCACCCACAUUUUAAUAAUUCAAAAAACCGAGGUUCACCUAUUCGUAUUUUCACCAACAUAGCUGUUGAUAAAGUAGCACUACCUACAGAAAACUAUAGGUUCUGCAAGAUUUGUAAUCGAUAUGUUUAUAAAGAAAAUAAACACUGUAAACAAUGCAACAAGUGUACUUCAAAAGAUGGUCGUUCCUAUGUUCAUUGUACUAUAUGCAAGAUUUGUGUGAAGCCAGAUCGAAUUCAUUGUAUGACAUGCAGCAGAUGUGAAUCUAUAAACCAUAAAUGCCAGAUACAAGUUGAUUUUUCUUGUCAUUGUUGUGGCAAAAUAGGUCAUAAACGAAAAGAUUGCCCCAAUUUAGAGAUAAAAACAAUGAUGGUUGAAAAAAAAAGGAAAUCUUUGUUCAAAGGUGGAAAUCGGAAGAAAUUGUGUAAGGCUGAAAUGUAAAAUUUUGGUCAAAUAAAUUUGAUCAUUUAAA